GUGGGGGGAGGCUUAGUGAGCAGAGUAUUCACUCCAGAUCUUGGGGAUUUUUGAGUCUCUCACUGCGGAAUGUCUUCUCUACUUUUGAAGUGAGUGUAAGCUUUGACUCAAUAAAUCACCACUUAUUCAGUCGGGCAGAUUGCUUCUAAAACAAUCCGACUCUGGAUGGGGAAACAUUGCUGCCGUUGCUGCAAAAUGAGGGCGCUGUGUUUGAACUUUGCCGUCACCUGUCUGUGGCUUCUCCCUUCAGCGGUCCAAGAAACAGCCAAGCCAUUGGACUUUCAGAGCCAACAAUGGAGAGAGGAAGAAGGAGGAAGAGGAGAUGCAGUGGGAGCUGCUUUGAAGGUUAAACAUAUCUCCAAAGACUUACAGAUCAUCUCCACCAAACACAAAACACCUGCUUACGGCUCUCUCGGCCCGUACGGAUGGCCUCAGAACGUCUCCCAAGCCCUGGAUCAGUAUCUGCACCGCCCUCCUCCCAAAUCCAAACCUCCCGCGAAAACAUCCCCAAAGGCCAAGAAGAUCCUGGGCUGGGGCGAUUUUUACUUCAACGUGAAAACAGUGAAGUUCAGCCUCCUGGUGACGGGGAAAAUCGUGGACCACAUCAACGGCACAUUCAGCGUUUACUUCCGCCACAACUCGUCCCGCCUGGGGAACAUAUCCGUCAGCAUCGUCCCGCCCUCCAAAGCUGUAGGAUGGGAGGUUUUUGAUCCAGAGGCUCAGGGCGUUCACACCAAAAACUCAGUCCUGGUUCCGGAUCUGACGUCCCAGUUCCAGAGCCCACCUCAGUCCACCAGCUCUACUCCUCCAGACCAACAGAAGCAGCAGCAGGACGUGACGAUGAUGACCGAACUCAACUGCCGGAUCGAAUACCAGAGAACCAACCGGUCCAAGAAGACCAAACCCUGCAUGUACGACCCAGGGCAGACCUGCUACUCAGAAAACACCCAGUCCCAGGCAGCCUGGAUCUGUGCCAAACCCUUUAAGGUUAUAUGUAUCUUCAUCGCCUUCACCGGCACCGACUACAGGCUGGUGCAGAAAGUCUGUCCGGACUACAACUUUCAGACAGAGCAGAACCAGCAGCACUACGGAUGACUCGGAUUCUGAGAUGGUGAAACUGAGAUUUCAAACAUUGACUUUUCAUACAUUCUUCAAAAUCAUGUGUUCGUUUUCAAAAUAGGUUCAAGAUUGACUGUUUUUAUAUGCCGUUAAAAACACAUUUUCAACAUGUCAGUGAGAGCAGUUUGCCAAAAUGUGUGUUAAUGUCAGCAUUUGUUAAUGAUGAGUUUUAUAACAUGAGCUUGGUGUUGUCUGAAACUACACUCAUCUGCUGAAAGCUCCACAUUGGCUUUAAAAAAAGCAGUGACUUGAUUCAUGCUAUCACUUUGUGUGUAGUGUUUUAUGAAUUUUGUUUUCUGAAUAUGCAUUAAUAGAAGAGAAGACUUUAAAUCUAAAAUUUGAUAUUGAAAAAUGUGAUUUCUUGGCUCAUAUAAUAAAACAAUAUAGAUACA